GCGGCGCGCUUCAGUCACUCCGCGCGCCCCCGACAGAUGAACUUCGGCGAUGCUGCGGACGGGACUCACGGAACUCACUCGCUGCGUCUAAAAGUGCGAGAAACUUCUUUAAAGCGGUCUCUUCUGUAUUAUAGCGAAAACCCAAGACGAGGAUGACGGGAGCUCGCGUGUGUGCGGUGAUCGCGCUCGUGAUGUGCGCGUGCGGCGCGUGCGAGGCGGGAUGCGCGGACAGACCGACGCCGAGAUGCUGUCCGGGACGAAAUAACGAGUGCGUGGAGAGGAGCGCGAGGAGAACCGUGUGUUACUGCGACACAUACUGCCGGAGGAGCGGCGACUGCUGCGACGAUUACCGGCCCGUGUGCCACACGUCAGCUAUAGACUGUGAGGUGCGACAGUGGGGUCCCUGGUCUCCGUGUUCGUCCGUCUGUGGGGCGGGGACUACAGAGCGAAGCCGGCAGGUAGCCACGCCCCCUCACAACGGAGGCACGCCCUGUCCCGACCUCAAACAGCGCCGAGGAUGUCUCGCACACACAGAGACCUGCAGCGCAGCUAAAGAGGUGGCCAAAAUCCUGCCUGACUCAUUCAGGCGGAACUUUAAGGACCCCUGGAGACGGCCGCACAUGCUUAUGAAGGAGGAGAAGAAGAGUUACUGUGUGCAGAUGCGUGUGAAGCAGGCGAGCGCUGCGUGUAAGAUGAGGCCGUGGAGCGCCGGAUUGGUUCUGGAGCGCUCCGUGUGCAUCGAGUGUCAGAGCGACGCCAUGACGGAUGAUAUCCGCUGCGGCGGAGACGGGCUAAACAACAUCAGAACCUUCUGGUCGGCCGCUUCAGCUCCGGGUUGCUCGGGGUCCUGGGUGCGAGAGUCAUUUACCGAAGACUGUCGGUGUCCGUCUUACUCCAUGAUAUUCGUCUGAACUCAAAUUCGAGGAACACAGUUGCUCCAAAUGAUUCCACAGGACUCCAAAUUCUCUCUGUCAAAAGUUACCGUAUUUUUUGGACUAUAAGUCGCACCUGAGUAUAAGUCGCAUCAGUCCAA